AUGAUCGGAGUUGCAGUAGGUGUACCCCCCGACAUUGUGAUCAAGAACUUAAAACAGUUGCAGUCAGAGUUGGCUCAGCAUCUUUAUACCCAUGUAAGCGUAGCUGAAGAUAUAGAUGGCAUCAUGGUGUUUGGUUGGGGUACAGAUACUGGACAAGGAAACCGUAUCACUAUCGUCGAUGAGCAGUUUAUUUCAAGUGAAUUGGACAGGAAUUUGAAUGGAACAAUGGUUUUUUUCGACGUUGACACCUCAUCCUGCCGAAUUCGGCGUCGCAAGGGUCAAGAACAGCCACGUUGUUUCACCGAUCUUCGUGCAGCAGCCACUUACUUGACUUUGGAAUUGGCGCGUAGUGGGCCAGCUAGUGGAGAGAAGCUACCUAUUCGUGACUUCUCAUUGAGAAAGAAGCAGAUAAGGGUUUUCCCCAUCAUAACCACGCCAGUUGUUUUAAUUAUACUGUGCGUCAUAAUACUCGUAGUGCUAUUUUCCUCUUGCACUGGAAUAAUCGUUGCAAUUGUUCGAGCAAGAAGACGGAGGCAAACUACGGUAUUCGCCCCAUGUUGGAAAGUUCCUGGCCCGGGCAACAGUCUCUACCACCCGCCAACGCCUCCAUAUUCCUGUUCUCCAGAGCACACUACAAAUAGCAGUGGUGCUAACAACAAAAAUAGCAAUAUUAUCGAUAAAGAGCUCGAGUCAAAGGAUGCUGCGAUCCCGUUUACUCCGAUUGUGGAUGCUAAGUCGCCUCUUCUGAUGGCAGUUCGGCGAGGAGAUCAUGAGAAAGUCAAGGAAAUGAUUUCAAGUAAAGAGACCUUCGUAGACGCAUUGUUCGAGAAGAGUUCAGCUGGCCAAUCUCCACUUUUGUUUGCGGCUCGCAUUGCUCAUCCUGGAUUGGAAUGUGUGUCUCUGCUUGUGUCAGCAAUUGACAUCAUCCGCAAGCGACGUCAUGACGAUGUGUUGUCACAACAUUUUGAGGACCUUCAGAAGGACAGGAAGGAUCUUUUGAAAAUGCUCCCCUUGUACGAUGAAGCUGAUGCGAAAUAUGCGCUCACAGAUGCUGUGGGCCGGAACGUGAUACACUAUGCGGCGCUCUGCAAUGCUGCACAUCUUGUGAACUAUUUUGCAGCAUGUGGUGCGAAUGUGAACCUGGUUGAUGAAAAUGGUGAUGCCCCAAUCCAUCUUGCUGCAAAGGACGCAAAUGUGGAAGCUCUCGUCGCACUACUACGUAACAACUGCGAUGUAGACGUCAAGGAUGCGUUUGAUCGCACUGCGUACGCCAUAGCUGAUUCCAAAGGUCACUCAGUGGUUUGUGCUCUGCUCAUAGCGAGAAGUGCGCCCAACAGUCGUCUUGUGGAUCAGAUUAAGGACGUGUCGAUCGUAUAG